AUGCUUAUCGACGGUCAUAAGUGGGCGUGUGAAGCUUGUAUACGGGGCCACCGUGUGACCAGCUGCAAACAUCAUGAUCGUCCGUUGAUUCGCAUCAAGCGUAAAGGUCGUCCUUUCGCAACAUGUACAAUAUGCAAUGCAACACCCUGUACAUCUCCAAUCGAGCAUGCACGCGCAAAGCGUGACGCAGAGCUCAAAUGUCCUUCAAAAGUAACGCAAACACAAAACACAACAGACGCCAUAUCUUCGGCAUAUGGAAGAAGAGAAAAUUGCAAGCGCCAUGGUGCUGAUUGCUCCUCGAGCCACGGAAGACUCUAUCCGCGGCAGAAUCCCAACGGUUUCCUUCCGAUUGCGCCGCGUCCACGUCCAAGCCCAAGUCCAUCGGGAUCGAUUUCCGGUCCGGCGGGUGAGAAGCAUGCAACGGUUGCAACCAAGUCAAAGUCUAGGUCCGGGUCAAAGUCGGCCUGCUCGACCUCGUCGGCUUCGUCGCCCGGGAAGACCCCCAUCUACCAUGAUGCCAUGGGGGCAGGAGAGUGGUCUGGUUCCGAGGGCUCAUCUAGGAUUGAGUCUACUAGGCAAACCAUGUCUUUCUCGGGGUCAGUGAUGCCGAGUUUUGAUUCAAAUCAGACACUCAGCCCAGGGCAGGCUGGCGCCGCUUCACGAUCUGCACCGGGCUCACUGUAUGAGUAUCCCAUUGAGUACCCCGCGACCUCGGGGACCGAGGCCGCGGCCGCCUUGUUUGAUCCUGCCUAUUCCCUCCAAGCUUCUACAAUCGCUGCUUCGGGUUCUCAGCUCGCGCAAACGAUGCCCAUGGUUAGUCCGCUCGAAGGGGUGAACCCCUUUGACUUUUCGCUGGACCCUGCGCUGGAAAUGGGUGAUAGCAUGCGAUAUAUGAACGAGGGUGAGAUGAAUAUGGAUUUGGAGAUGCCCGUCAUGGAGGAAGUGUUCCAGGUGGAGGAUUGGUCUAGGUAUAUGUGGUCAGCUGAGACAGGCUUUGAGCAUUUAGACACCGGAUUUCCCCCUGCGUCACAAUAA